AUGGUGACCCGCCCUAACCCGGACGUCACCAUUAACACUCCCCGUGACCCGAAUACGCUGUCAAACUACCACAAUUUCAUCACUCGUCACACCUCGGCCAGUUUUGAUAUUGACUUUGAGAAGAGGGUGCUCAAGGGUGGUGUUGUGCUCACUCUCGAAUCGCUUACGGACGCAGAGACCAAAGAGAUAGUCUUGGACACCAGCUUCCUAGACAUCAGCGAUGUCAAAAUCGAUGGGCAGCAGGUGAAAUGGUCUGUUAAGGAUCGUUCCGAGCCGUAUGGAAGUCCUCUCACCAUCCAGCUGACCGAAGGUGUUGCGAAGGGCAAGAAGUUCGACGUCGCCGUAACGUUGUCCACUACAGAUAAAUGCACGGCUCUUCAGUGGAUGACACCCGCGCAGACGAGCAACAAGAAACACCCGUACAUGUUCUCGCAGUGCCAGGCUAUUCAUGCACGAUCUGUCUUCCCUUGCCAGGAUACGCCAGAUGUCAAGAGCACGUUCGACUUCGCGCUGAGGUCUCCGUUGCCCGUACUUGCGAGUGGUCUUCCUACCGGCGCAAAGGAUUAUGAGAAUGGUACUCUUCUCUACACUUUCGAGCAAAAGGUCCCAAUUCCAAGCUAUCUCUUUGCGAUCGCCAGUGGCGAUCUUGCAUCGGCCUCAAUUGGACCCCGCAGCACUGUUUGGACCGGACCGGAGGAGCUGCUCGACUGCCAGAGGGAGCUUGAGGGCGAGAUCGAGCCUUUCAUGACGGCCAUUGAGUCCAUCAUCUCUCCUCCAUACCAAUGGACGCAGUAUAACUGUCUGAUUUUGCCGCCGUCUUUCCCUUACGGUGGAAUGGAGAAUCCGGUCUGGACCUAUGCGACACCGUCCAUCAUUUCUGGAGACAAGCAGAACAUUGACGUGAUUGCGCAUGAGCUGUCUCAUAGCUGGUCUGGUAACCUUGUCUCUGCGGCAUCGUGGGAGCAUUUCUGGCUCAACGAAGGCUGGACAACCUACCUUGAGCGCAGGAUUCAGGCGUAUGUCCACGGAGAGGAGCACCGUCAUUUCUCCUCGAUCAUCGGCUGGAAGGCCCUUGAGGAGUCUGUCGAGCGAUACGGAGUAGACCACCCCUACACUAAGCUCAUUGUCGAUCUGAAGGGCAACGAUCCCGACGAUGCAUUCAGCUCCAUCCCUUACGAGAAGGGUUUCCACGCACUGUACGCCUUUGAGCUUCUUCUAGGAAAGGCCAAAUGGGACAAGUUCAUUCCUCAUUACUUCGAGACUUUCAAAUUCAAGUCCGUCGACAGCUAUGACUUCAAGUCCUGCUUGAUCGAUUUCUUCGCGUCUGAUGCGGAAGCAAAGAAGAAGCUCGACGAUUUCGACUGGGACAAGCUAUUUUAUGCACCCGGAUACCCGCAGAAGCCCGAGUUCGACGACACUCUCGUAAAGACAUGCUACGAGCUUUCCGACAAGUGGCAAGCUCGUAUCGAGAAGGGCGACAAGUUUGAGCCUCAGGCGGCUGACGUUGCGUCUUGGGUCGCCAACCAAUCGGUCGUCUUCCUCGAGCGUGUACACGCCUUCGGCGAUAAAUUCUCUGCUGCUGAUUACCACGCCAUGGGCAGUGCGUACGGCUACACAACAACUCAGAACAUCGAGGUUACCAGCAGAUACCUCAGCGUUGGACUCCUGGCCAAGGUGGAAGAGAGCUACGCCCCCGCUGCUGACUUGCUCGGCCGCAUCGGAAGGAUGAAGUUCGUGAGGCCAUUGUUCAGGCUGCUCGAGAAGGCGGACCGUGAACUUGCACUGAAGACUUUCGAGAAGAACAAGGACUUCUAUCAUCCUAUUGCUAGGCAAAUGUUGGAAAAGGAUCUAUUUGGUGAUGAAAAGAAAUAA